AUGUCGGCCGACUUUUGGGCUGGCUACAUCAGCGGAGCAGCAGGGAUUCUGAUUGGCAACCCCCUCGAUGUAGUCAAGGUCCGACUACAGGCAGCUCAGCCAAAUACUGCUUCUUCUGCCAGUCCGAUAUUAUCCCCCGUCUCACCGCUGCCGUCCCAUACAGCAAACACCCCGCAUCAAGAUGCUGCUGCAUCCAGAUCAUUCUCCAGAAUAAGGGCAUUGGCCGCGGGCACAGCAGCUCCGGUUCUGGGCUACGGUGCGCUCAACGCACUCCUGUUUGUGUCUUACAACCGGACAGAAUCACUGCUCAACUCGGCCUUGGCGGGAAGCAAUGCAGCAUCCACUGCUGCUGGCGGCGGCAGCACCACGGGAUCCAACCUCUGGACGACCUGGAUCGCCGGCGCCGUGGGCGGGCUGGCGACGUGGGUGGUGAGCACGCCGACGGAGCUGGUCAAGUGCCGCGCGCAGCUUGCCCUGUCAUCGUCCCCCUCGUCCCUGCAGGCGGGCACCACAUCAACAUCAUCUUGGGCCGUGGCCAAACAUGCAUGGCGGACCGAGGGCGGCAUCAGGGCGUUCUACUUUGGCGGAGGGGUAACGGCGCUACGGGACAGCAUCGGCUACGGCUUCUACUUUUGGACGUACGAGCUCUGCUCACACUGGAUGGAGAGCCGGCGGGAACGUGCCGGGAGCGGAGGAUCGGGAGGGAUCGUCGACGACUUCAUGGGCAGCGAGGCCGCGCGCGUGCUGCUCGCCGGCGGGCUGGCGGGCGUCGUCACCUGGGCGAGCGUCUUCCCGCUCGACACCAUCAAGACCCGCGUGCAGGCGCAGCAGAUAAAUGCCAAUUCCGGGCCGAGAACGGCGACGGCGCAGGGGUUGGCGAGGGUCGGGUUGACCAAGGAGUGGCUCAGAAAGCGCCGCAGCAGCGGCGGUUGGGGGCGGUAG